AUGUCUGCGCUGCGGUCCACCCUCUUCCUGGCCAAGGGCCUGCGCGAGUUCACGCGCGGCGGCUACGAGAGGGCGGCCAAGGGCUUUGACAAUGCCGCCAUGGAGCGAGCCGCCCCGCUGGCGGGCCGCCGCUGCAUGGUCACAGGCGCCAACCAGGGCCUGGGCUACCAGACCAGCCUGGAGCUGGCCAAGCGCGGCGCCACGCUGUACAUGGUGUGCCGCAACCCGGAGCGGGGGCGGGAGGCGGUGGAGCGGGUGCGCCAGGACAGCGGCAACCCAGAUGUGCACCUCAAGAUCUGCGACCUCGCCUCGCUGGCUGCGAUCCGGGCGCUGGCAGAAGAGUGGCUGGCAGGCGGGCAGCCCCUGGACGUGCUUGUGAACAACGCGGGGCACAUGCUGCAUGAGCGCACGCCCUCGGCAGACGGCUACGAGAGCAACUUUGCGGUCAACACGCUAGCCUCCUUUGCGCUGACGGCGGCGCUGGAGCCGGCGCUGCAUGCGGCGGCAGGCGGCGCCCGCGUCGUCUUUGUCGCCAGCGGUGGCCAGUACAACGAGCCCCUGGUGACAGACGACUUGCAGGCGGAGCGGCUGAAAAAGUUUGACGGCAUCAAGCAGUACUCGCGGGACAAGCGGCGCCAGCAGGUGGCCCUGGCUGAGCGCUUCAGCGAGCGGUGGGCGGCGGCGGGGCAUGGCAGCCGCGCUUAUGCGAUGCACCCUGGCUGGACGGAGACAGAGGGCGUGAAAACCAGCAUUCCCGGCUUUUACUCAGCGUUCAAGAACCGGCUGCGCAGCCUGCAGCAGGGAUGCGACACCACUGUCUGGCUUUGUGUGGAGGAUGCCGCCAAGCUGCAGCCAGGCGCCUUUUACCUGGACAGGCAGCCGCAGCCCAAGCACCUGCCGCUGGCCGGCACCAAGUAUACCGCGGCUGAUGUGGAUGCGCUGUGGCGGCAGCUGGAGGCCAUGGCCACGCCUGCCAUGCCUGCUGCAGCUGCCGGCGGGAACGCCACCUGA